AUGUCAGCAAAUCAGCCACACCAAAAAUCCCGGCGUCGCAUUGACCCACUGGUGCUAAGCAUUAGGUAUGUCGCAGCAGGCUCCGAAGCGCAAUCUGCCGCCAUAACAUGCUUGAUUCUGCGGCUGCCUCCAGCUCGAGAUGUGUUGAGCACCCUCGGCGGAAAACUGAUGGAAGAAAGCGAGGUGGUGCCUAGGGAGAAUCACAUUUGCUUUCGACAAGAGCUCAGCACUCAAGUGCCUCUCUCGUGGUCAGCGCAUGAGCCAGCUCAGCUCAAGGAUGUCGAGGAGGGCAAAGUUGAGGUUCUCUCUUUCGCUCUCUCCUCGUCUACUACAUGGGCAGGCGGUGUAUAUGUGAUGAGACAGAAAAGGGCAGCGACGAUGGCGGUUGGGCCCGAGAAUGUGGGGUGCAUGGGGCCUAGCACGCUGGAUCCUAAUAUUGACACGCAAGCAAAAUCAAGCCCGAUCUCUGUGCUGCUGAGUAUUGAAAAUCGAAAAUUGGAUAUCGUCUCGGCAGAUCUAUUCCAUGCAGGCAGGAACUAUGACCAAGGACCUAGUCGGCACUUGGAGCGUUGGACUAAUAGCAACUCGAUGCUCUUGUUCCGUCCGUUGAAUGAGCUUCACAUUGGAUUGGAUGUGACAAAAUGCUCUUACGGUGGCGGCACUUCUGACUUUGGUAUUCUCAGCAAAAUGGGCCACGUCUCCCACGCCCGCUAUAAUGAGGUCAACAGGCGUCGGCAGGAGGUAUACAAGAAGCUACCGAGAGGGUGCCGUACUGAGAACGGCGUUCCUCUCAAGCCAACUUCCAGUACAAUGCUACAGAGCCAGGCUGGUAGAAGACGUCCAUACACCCACAAUACAAGUUGCACCUAA